AUUAAUUUUCAUUACAGGAUGACCAGAGUCAAGACGACCAAGAUGCUGAUCUGGAUGAAAUUGAACCGCGGCUGAAGUAUGUAAGGAUGCAGAAUGAUAUCAAGAAUAUUUUACAAAAUGACGCUGCUUCUUGUAUCGCAGUCCAUCCUAAGUUUCUUUGCCUGGGCUCGCACAUGGGUAAAAUCCACCUGCUCGACCACCAGGGCAACAACAUCCAGUCAAAAACAUUGCAAGCCCACUCUUUAACAGUAAACCAGAUCUCAAUAGACCAAAACGGAGAUUACAUAGCUUCUUGCUGCGACAAAGGUAAAAUCUUUAUCUACGGCCUGUACACCCGUGAGAACAACAACAUAAUAAACCUCGAGCGUCAAAUAAAAAGUAUCGCCCUAGACCCCGCGUUUUCCAAAUCGGGAACCUCCAAGCGCUUCAUAACCGGGGACGACAAGCUGAUGCUCUACGAAAAGACCUUUUUAUCCCGCUUGAAACUUACCGUUUUAAGCGAAGCCGAAGGCGGAGUGAGAUCAGUAGCUUGGGCCGGACAAUUCGUAGCCUGGGCCUCUGACACCGGAGUCAGGUUGUACGACCUCAACGCCCGUUGUUCCCUAGGCUUAAUGAAAUGGCCUCGAACCCCCGAAGCGCCUCCCGAAAACUACCGAUGUAACCUCCGCUGGAACGGGGACCGAACCCUGCUGAUAGGUUGGGUGGACACUGUCCGAAUUUGCCAAAUCCGCAAGCGCUCCCACCAGGAAAUGGUCAACAGAAACCUCCCUGAGUUUGCAGUAGACCCAAUCUCUACCUUCCAGGUCGACUUCUACAUAUCCGGAAUCGCGCCCUUAGAAAACCAGCUGGUUCUCCUUGGAUGCCUCAAAGAGCUGAGCGACAAGGGAACCAGCCAAAGACCCACCCUUCAUGUGGUAGAACCCAAGUACCAGGAUUUCGUGGACGUAUCCGCAAAUUUUCUAGGAUUGAGAGGCUACGAAGCCUAUAACUGCAACGACUACCACCUGGAUUGUCUUCCAGAUGAAAACCGGUUCUUCAUAGUCUCCCCUAAAGACAUAGUAGUCGCAAGUCUCUACGACGCAGACGACCGAAUUGAGUGGUUGCUCAGCCACAAGAAAUUCGAACAAGCUUUAGAAGCUGUUACUGUAAACAGCGGCAGGGAUUGCAAGAGACACACUCUAAUUUACGUUGGCAGGGUCUACCUAGAUCACUUACUGGCUUGUGGAAAGUACGACGAGGCAGGAAAACUCUGCCUAAAAGUCCUGGGUCGGGACAAGAAGCUCUGGGAGGAAGAGGUCUAUAAAUUCGCUAGGGUCCACCAGUUAAGGUCUAUCUCUUCUUACCUUCCCAGAGGAGACGUUACCUUGGAUCCUCUAGUUUAUGAAAUGGUACUUUACGAAUAUCUGAAGAUGGACCCUGAUGGGUUUCUUCAAUUGGUCAAAGAAUGGCCUGCUAAACUGUACACAGUAGCGGCAGUGGUUAACGGAGUGCUAGAGCAUCUCCUGGUUCACAAUACCCGGCAAAAUGUCUUGCUGGAGGCCCUGGCUAUUCUGUAUAGCCACGACGGAAAGUAUGACAAAGCUUUGGCAAUGUACCUAAAGUUAAGGCACAAAGAUGUUUUUCAGUUGAUCCAAAAGCACCAAUUGUACAACGCGGUUUAUGACAUGAUAGAAGGUCUGAUGGACCUGGACGCUGAUCGGGCGAUCCAGUUUUUCCUGGAGAAAGAUAGAGUCCCGUCGGAGGUAGUUGUUGCCAAGUUGCAGAACAAUCCGAGGUAUCUGUACUUGUACUUGGACGCUUUGGAUAAAAGGGAUACUAAAGAUUCUAAGGGAAAGUAUCAUGGUCUGCUGAUCAGGCUGUACGCGGACUACUCCAGGGAUAAGUUACUGCCUUUGUUGAGGAGGUCAGACAACUAUCCGAUCCAGUCCGCGUUGGAUAUUUGUAGCCAAAGACAGUUUUAUCCCGAAAUGGUGUAUCUGUUAGGGAGAAUUGGAAAUACUUCGGAAGCUUUGGGGUUGAUGACUCGCGAGCUUAAUGAUAUGGAAUCUGCAAUUGCAUUUUGCCAGGAGCAUGAUGAUGAAGAGUUGUGGAAUGAUCUUAUUAAUUAUUCGUUGAGCAAUCCGGAGAAUAUUACCUUCUUGCUGCAGAAGAUUGGGACUUAUGUUGAUCCGAGAUUGAUGGUCCAGCGAAUUGCUCCGGGAAUGGAGAUUCCUGGGCUGAAGAAAGCUCUGGUUAAGAUGAUGUGCGAUUAUAGACUUCAGGUGUCGGUUCAGGAGGGAUGUAAAAAGAUUCUUUCUAAUGAUUACUUCAAUUUGCACGAGCGGCUGGUUAAAGCGCAUCAGAAAGGACUGUUUGUUGAUGAUGAUCAGAUGUGCGGAGCUUGCCACAGAAAGGUUAUUGUUAGGGAUCCGAGGAAUCUAGUCGUUUUUUACUGCAAACAUUUGUUUCAUGAAGAUUGUUUGCCGGAUUUUGAACAGAUUGAAAACUGUGUCAUUUGUAAUCCGCAGAAGGAUAAAGUUAUUAGUUAA